AUGGCUGCUUCUGUCGCGCUCGCUUCUGCGCAGCUCUCUGUAUUAUUCCACCGCGCGCAAUGCUGCGUGCGCACAGAGUUGCAUCGGGUCAGCCGCACCCUCCCUCUCUCAUGCGCGCAAGGCAUUUCCAAGGUAGCCGCCGUCCGCCAGGGUCCACACACUGUGCGCAGCGAAAGACGCUCCCUGCGGGUGCUUGCGGCGGGGGAGCGCAAAGACGAGGCGGGAGCGGCGGGGGAGGGGAAGGACGCGGAGAAGGUGCCGGGGUGGGCGCAGCCCGGGAGCGGGGAGCUGCCGCCGUGGGCGCGCGCCGAGGCGCAGCGCGACAAGCCGUUCGAAGUGCCGUUCUGGGCGUACCUCGUCGCGUCCGUGUUCGUCGCCAUCGCCGCGGUGGGGUCGAUCUUUGAGUUUUCGGCGGGCAACCCACUGUUCGGCGUGGUGACCAGCGACAGCCCGCUGUGGGCGCCCACGCUGCUGCUCUUCGCCACCACCGGCAUCCCCUCCUCCGGCUACCUGCUGUAUCUGGCGAUCCAAGCAGCCAACAAGGCAGCACGAGAGGUGGACGAGCAGGACAGGCUGCUCAUGCACAUCGCGAGGAACUAUCCUGGCACCUUCCUCCACGGCCAUGCGCCCACCACGCUCCCCUUCGUCGCGCGCGCGCUCGUGCUGCUGGGCGAGGCACCGCUCAGGUCGCGUGUGGCGUGCAUUGUCGACGUUGUGUGGUCGCUCGCAGCACUCAUGCGCUCUGCUGAUGAAACGGCCUUCGCCUACCUUGUGUCGGACGUGCGCACGCUCAUUCAAGCUUUUGAUCAUAUGCUCCUAGGUCGAACCUCUGCUGUCACUUCCUGUCACUCCGACUGUGCAGACACAGCUGCAGUGGCGAUGCAGCUGGGGAGCAACCAGGCGCAUGGCAGCACCAGCCACGAACGAGGGUCGGUGCCCCCUGCCCCACUGCACGCACUCCGCAUGUCGUUCCAGUAUGCUGCGUCCUUGCCCCACGCUCUCCACAGCCAGCAGCAGCAGCACGCACCCAGCGCAUCUCUGUUGUCAGAUCUGCCCCCCAAGUGGGAAGCAGGGGAGGAGCAGGGUGGUGGGGUGCUGCUCCACGUGGGUGCAGGGGACCGCUGGCAGGCUGCUGCUGAGUUCGGCGCGCUCUUCCUCUCACGCCUUGCCCGCGACCAAGACUGUUAUUCCGCACUGGGUGCUUUCCUGUGCUUUGGAAGCGCACAACUACACAAGGUCUGCUUCUCCGCCCUGCGGGACCUCAUCAGCAGCAGCGGCACGCCUCCCCUGUGCGCGGACGAGCUGCUGCUCUCCCUCCUCACCAUCCUCGCCACCUCCUCCUCGCACCCUCGCCUUCCCGCCUUCAGCACUCCCCUCGCUGCGUGCCUCUCUCUGCUGCUGCGCCGCCACCCCGUGUUCCGCCACAAGGCCACGUUGCGUGCCCCUCGCCCUGCCACACUGGAUGCUCCGAUUGGCGAGCAGCCACGAGGUAAUGAAGACAGGCGGGCGGUGGCCGAUGAGGAGAGGGGCGCGGGGGAAAGCGCGGUUAAGGGGAAGAGGAAGAGAGGUGCGAGCAGUGCGAUGGGGAGGAGAGGGGUGGAGGAGGAAGCGGGCGGGGAGGACGGGGACGGGCGGGAGGCCGGGGGGAAGCAAGCGAGGGGGAGCGCUAAGAAGAGGCGCGGUGGGAAGAGUGCAGCGAGCAGGCGGAGGGGGUCAGGGGGUGGAGGGACGUCAGUGGGUGGGUUGGCAGAGGAGGCGGAGGAAAUCGCAGGGGACGAAGGGGUGAACCCAGCAGUAGCAGGAGGAGGGAUGGCAGGGCAUGUGGAGCAAGCAGCAGCAGCAAGGGUGGAAGAGGCGAGUGGUGGGGUGGGACGCAGUGAGAGGCGUGGCGUGUCGUUCCAUGGGUUAUUGGUGCAGGAGGAGGAGAUGACAUGGCAGCUGCAGCAGCUGAGCGCUCCUGCGGCGUGUGGGUGGGGCGAGAGGCAGCUGCUGGCGGCAGUGCUGGAGAGAAUAAAAGAAGCAUGGCCGGCAGACUCCGCACUGGAGCUCCUUGAUAGGCCGUACCCACGCAGUGCAGCUGCUGGUGCUGGUUCGGCCAAGGGAACCAGCCCGCAGCACAUGGAGGGGUCGGUGCUAGCAGGGAUGUCAGCAGAUUCGUGGGCGGAUGUGGAGACGAGGCUGAGGGUUCUGGGUGUUAUAUGCUGUGCGUUGCAGCGCCUGCCAAGCAGCAUCUGCUGGUGGGCCACGGCCAAUGCACUGGGCGCAUGGAUGGCAUGGGCCUCUGUUCAUGUCACCGCAACACCACCUGCUGCUUGCAGUGCAGGCAAGGCAGACGGUGAGGUGAGGCGCUGGAAUGUGGCACAGCUGCUGGUUGCCUGCGCUGCUCAUUUCCUUGCCACCUCAUGCCACACCUCCCCUGCCCUUGGAGAGAAAUCCGCUGCUGUUGGUCCUCUCAGUGUCCGUGCUCUCCUGCCCUCUGCUCGCUUGCUGCUCUCACAUGCCUGUUCUGGUGAUCGGGGGGGAAGUGGCAGCGGGCCGAGCAGCUUCAUCACGAGCCUUUGUCAGGUCGCUCUUCUGCCGUGGUCCCUCGGAAACAAGCACAGCUCUCAUAACAACAGCGUGCAAGGCGGGCAGGAACCUGUGGGGUCGCUGGAGCGUAGCAAGCGGAAUGCGCUUAGAGUAUCCGGCGCAGUGCUGGCAUGGCUGGUGGAACACCUUCAGGGCCAGGUGAUGCUGACACGUGGAGCAGAGGGAGAGGAGAAGAGCGAGAAAGGGGACGAGGGAGAGCAGUCCGGGCGCAGUGCAGUGAAGCAAGGGCGGUUAGGAGAGGAUGUGGUGGUAGGGGCAUGGGCUACAGACGUGGUGAGCACUGUGAGCAAGGUGCUGCAGGGCGGCAUGCAGGAUGAGCAUGCGGGCGUGCGCAGUGCCGCGGUGGAGCAGCUGCCCUUGCUGCUGUGGGCGGUCAAGGGGCUCUCACACCGUGCCUCGCCCACCACGCACGCCACUGCUGGAGAAGCAGGGAGGCACGGUGGGGGAAAGGGGGAGGGCGGCGCUGCGAGUGCAUGUGGGGGGUUGGGGCAGGAGUGGGUGGUGCCUCUGCUUAGGAAGUUAGCAGCAGACAGCAGCGAGGAGGUGCAGGUCGCAUGUGCGCGCGCCCUGGGACCUCUCCUUUGCGCCCUCUCUCUCUCCCCCCUGCCGCCACUGCCCCACCCUCGCACCCCUACCUCCCCCCAGACAUCACUCCCCUUGUGCCCUGUCUGCUCUCACUUCCGCGACCCCCACACAAGCAUAACCCCCACCAAUUCGGGCAGCCCUCUGCCAUGCAGCCCGCCACACCACAACUCCAUGAACGCAACAGCACAGCAGGAGGCGCAUGAGGCAAGCACGGCCCCCUGCGCCGCUGCCCACAGCGGCCUGUCAAUCCCGCCGCGCGACCUCGCCGCCAUCAUCCCGUGCUUCGCGCGAAACGACAGCCCCUCCUCUGUGAAAGCCGCGUUCGCCGUCUCGCUGCCCUCGCUGCUGCUGCACGCCUCCACUGCCCACCUGCUCGCCCUCAAGCCCACCCUCCUCGCGUCCCUCAACGCCCUCUCCUCCCACCCCCACUGCUCCGUGCGCUGGGCCUUCCGCCCCGCCAUUCGCUGCUUCUUCCUGCCAGCUGUCGUCAUGCCAUUGGCUGGAAAUGUCAGUGGGGCGGCAGGGAACAAAGGGGGAGGGGAGGGAGGAGGGGCGGAGCGGGUAGAGGGGGGUUGGAGCGAGGAGGAGCGGCAGGAUGCAGCGUUGAGGCUGCUGAAGAAGUUCAAGGGGCGACUGCAGAGUGGCGACGACGAUGUGCGGCGCAAGGAGGCCGUCAUGGGCGCUGUGGGGGAGAUUGUCGCCUGUGCUGCAGCCGACCAGCAGCUGCUCUUCUUCUCCUUCAUCCUCCUCGUGGAGCAGCUGGAUGCAGCACACCUCUCCCUGCAUGCAGCAGCCGUCGCAACGCUCCGCUCCUCCUGCCACCGCCUCACGCACCCCCACCACCGCACCCCCGCACCAACCGCCGGUGCUGCCAGCGUCCCAUCGCCCUUGCCGUGCACGGCAGGCGCAGCAGAGGGGGCAGCGGGCGCAGGUAGCGCAGGUGGUGGCAGUGCAGUGAGCGAGGGCAGUGAGGGGAGUGUGUGGGCGGUGGUGCAGCGCAUUCAGGAGGACUUCUUUGACUACCUCGCUGCCCGCCUCGUCACCCGCCCUGCCCUCGUGCACGCCUUUGCACGUGACGUGCUGGGGUGGGACGUGGAGCAGCUUGUAACGAGGAUGCUGCCCGUGGUGCUGCCCAGCAAGGUGCUGGAGGCGGCAGUGGAGGAGGCAGGGGGCGGCUCACCGCAACAGACGGAUGGCGAUGCCACCGAAGCUAAGGACGUGUUUGCGGGCAUCACAGGCCCGCUGCUCGAGGAGAUGUGCUGGUUCCUCGGCGACCAUAGCAGCGACCUCGCUCUCAAACGGGCGAGUCGAGUGUUCCCAACGAUAAGGGAGCUGGUGGCGCUGACAACGGGAAGCGAGGCCACGGAGGACAGGGCAGCGGACUUCCUGUGCGCGCACCUCAUGCGCAUCCUCAACGCCCUGCACCGCUCCUCACUGCGCCUGCGCUCCAACCCCCCCCGGCAAGAGCAGGCCCUGAGGGUGAUCGGCCAGCUAGCCAAGCUCGCAGGGCCCAAGCGCCUGCCGGCGUUUGCGCCCAAGAUGUUUGCGCUGCUGUCCGUGGGCGUGGAGCAGGGGCAGGCGGAGAGCGUGCGCAGCACAGGGCUGGACGUGUGGUUAGGGUUCGUGCACACGCUGGCGGAGUAUGCACCGGGCGUGCUCAGGAGCAUGUGCUCUCAGAUUGCUGUCGCGCUGCUGCCGUGCCUGGAAGGCCCUGAAGCAGGCUCGGGGGACGAGUGGGCUGGUGCAGGUGGCAGGGCGGUGGAGGAGGGGGAUGAGGGGGGGGAUGUGGAGCAGGGGAAGGGGAAGAGCCGGGAUGGGGGUUCUAGGGGCAAGGGGGCGGGCAGGAGCAGUGAGGGGAAGAGUGGUGCAAUAACUGGGGGGGUGUUGUCGGAGAAGGAGGUGAAGGAGCUGGCGAUGACACAGCGGGCGGUGAGGGCAGCGCAGGGCGAGGAGAUGCUGCGGCCGCACUUGCAGAAAGCUGCUGCGGUGUUCAGCGCGCUAGUCAUUGACCACGGCGCCAUCCUGGGCUCUCACCUGCGCGCCCUGCCGCUGCUGCCCGACCUGGACGCCCUGCGACGUGUGAACAGCGUGAUUCAGGAGGCGAGGGGGCGCCUGGGGGUGCGGGAGAAGGUGCUGCUGACAGUGGCGGGGCUGGGCCACGAGUCCAUCAGCGUGCGGCUCGUGGCGGCAGAGGGCAUGAAGCGGCUGCUGCAGGAGCAUGGCGGGGCGGUGAGUGCCAUGCUGGUGAGCGAGCGAGACGCGGACAGGGAGGCUGUGUGUGCGGCAGUGGCAGCGCUGCUGGCGGGCAGUGCGGAGGAGUCGAAAACCGUGACGAGUCACCUGCUGAAACUCGCGUGUGCUGACUGCCUGGGCGAGCUAGGCGCUGUGGACCCCGCUAGGCUCUCCACAUGUGGGGGCGUCAAGGCCGCCAUGCUGCAGGAAAGCACAGCGCGACAGCGGCCACAGCCACAGCAGCAGCAACAACAGGGGUGCGGGUCUGCAUGUGCUUUGGGGGUUGCGUGCGAUGACGAGGAGCUGGCAGCGGAUCUGAUCUCGCUGCACCUGGCACGAGUGGGUGAGGUGAGGGAGGUCAUAUUGCCGUGCCUCACGUCCCACUUCAGCCUGCAGCGCCUGCCAACGCGGCCCUCUGCCACCAAACAAGACUUGCAGCAGCAGGGAGGCCACGCAGCUUCAGGUGGGGGCGCUGGUGGGGAUUUCUCAAGGGCGGUGUUUCGGCCAGGGGCGUUGUUCCGGCGGUGGCUGUACAGGUGGAUGCGGCGCAUGGUGGAGCAGGCAGUGGGCUUCAGAGCCGGUAUCUUUGCUGCCUGCACUGGCAUCCUGCAGUUUGACGCACCCACUGCGCUCUUUCUCCUCCCGCACCUCACGCUUAAUGUGCUCUGCUUCGGCACUGACGAAGCUAGGGAGGAGGUUCGGGAUGAAAUCCUGGCUGUGGUUACCUGGGCCUUGACGCCUGGAGGUGGAAAAGGUCAGGGGGCAGGCCCUGCUGCUGGAUCUGCUGUUGCUGGUAACCGUGUCACAUCUGCUUCGGGACCCAAUGGCAGUGCAGCAUCAAAGGGCGAUGCGAUGGUGCUGCAGGCGGUGUUUUCGCUGUUGGACUGGGUGCAGUCGUGGUUGGAGCAGGCGAGCAGUGUGGUGGAGCAGGUGAACAUGGCAGUCGUCUCUGGCAGACCCCCUCCCUCUGACGUCCUCGCCUCCCCCCUCCUCGCCUUCCUCGCUCUCCUCCCUCCCUCCCCACCACCUGCAGCAGCAGCAGCAGCAGCAGCAACGCCGGCGCGUGCGGCAAAGUUUGUCUGCUCAGCAGCGCAGGUACGGCAUGCGGAGGAGGUGUGUGGGCGGGUGCGGUGGGUGGUGGAGAGGCAGGUGAGCAAGGAGGUAUUGGCACAUGCAGCCCUGCGCUGCCAGGCAUACUCCCGUGCCUACAUGUACCACGAGGCUAGUGUUAGGGAGCGCUCCGGCACCCUCAACCCUGCCGCUGCUGGGGGCGGCGCCAAGCCUACGCUGCCGGGCCUGGCUGGUUCGGAUGCAGGUACGGGUCAAGUGGACAAUGGUGGUGCAAUUACUGGGGAUGGAGCAGAUGCAAGGGAAUCAGGUAGAGGAAACGGAGGAGGUGGUGGUGGGAGGAGGGAGGAGCAGCGGCAGGGAGGGGUGUUUCGCGAUGCUGAUGUGUCGCUGCUGCUGGAGAUCUACCGGUCUCUGGAGGAGCCAGAUGGCAUGCGCGGAUUGGUGAGCCUGCGCGGGGCAGCAGGGGCAGGGGAGGCGAGUGGAGUGAGGGCGAGGGACGAGAUGGUGAUGUGCGAGCAGGAGGGGCGCUGGGCGGACGCCCUCACGCUCUAUGAGGACGCUCUGGGGGGCGCUGCUGCAGGGGGGGGUGGCGUGCGUGGGGGUGGGGAGCGGGGUGUGCGUGCAGAGGGUGGACGGACAGGUGACAGGGGCUUGCAGGGGAUGCAGAGACGCGUGGAGAUGGCACAACAGCAGCAGGUAGAGGAGGAAGAGGGGAAACUGUCUGAGGGAAGGUCGAGGGAACAUUCGUGCGAUGAGAAAGCAGCGGAGCAGCAGCAGCAGCAGGCGAGCAUGCGAGUGUCACUGCACGUGGGGCUGCUGGGGUGUCUGCUGAGCAUGGGUCACCUGCACGCCACGCUCACCCACGUGGACGGGCUGCUGCUGCGCUUCCCCCUCACCGCCCCCACAUGGGCCGCCACGGGCGUGCAGGCAGCGUGGCGCCUGGGCGCAUGGGACCUGCUGCAUGAGUAUGUAGACGCCGCACAGCAAGACGCUCACCCUGUGCCACAGCAUGAGCAGCAGGCGGCGUGGGACGGGCUGGGUGUGACGAGGGUGGGGGGAGCGGGGUGGCAGGAGGAGUUUCAGUUGGGGCUGGCGCGCGUGGGUCUAGCGAUGCGGUCAGCAGCGUGGGCGCGGUGUCAAGAGGAGGUGGUGCGCACGCGUGCAUGCCUGCUGCCGCCCCUGGCUGCUGCGGCUAUGGAGUCGUACGACCGCGCCUACCCUGUGCUCGUCAACCUGCACGCCUUGCACGAGAUUGAAGCAUGCAUAGCCGUUAUAAGCAGCUGCUCUGCGGGUGCAGCUGGUGGGGGCGGUCAAGGGGUCGGUGGUGCGUUGCUGGGGAGUGGCGGGGCCAGGCUGGGGAGGUUGCAGGGGGGUGGGGGGAGGCCUGGAGCACUGGGACAAAUAGCAGACGCGUCAGCAGUAGCAGCAGGAAGAGGAGUGGAGAACAGUAUACAAGAGUUUAAAGCACAGGUACAAGUGAGGCUUCAGGCCUGGCCGAGCCGACUUCAUGCCACCCAACCAAGUUUCAAGGUUCGGGAGCUGGUGCUUGCGGUUCGGCGCAUGCUGUGCCAAGCUGCCGGACUUGAGGACGAGGUUGGGCGGAACUGGCUCGAGCUCGCCCGAACCUGUCGCAAGGCUGGGCACUGCCAGGCUGCCACCAGAGCUGUGCUGCAGGCUCGGGCGCUGGGAACAGCAGGGUCGGAAGUGGAGGCAGCCAAGGUGCUGUGGUCGUCAGGCAGAGAGUACCAGGCCACACAGGAGCUCCAGAAGUUCUUAACCAUUGCCGAGGCAGCUUGUACGGGGGAUGAAAACGCAGGGCAGGAUGCUCCUGGAGCAGCAGGGCGGGGAGGAGGCGGCGGAGGGGCACAAGGAGCGAGGGAUUCGUGGCAGGUGGCACGGGCUCUGUUGCUGCUGGCACGGUGGUCGCAUGAGACGCGGCAGAAGCAGACAGCAGACGUGGUGCACCUGUACGAGCAUGCAGCGCAGCUGCAGCCGCAGUGGGAGAAGCCCUUCUUCUUCCUCGCGCGCUACUUUGACGACCUGCUCGUUGACGCCCAGCGCCGCCAGGAGGACGACGCUGGCGCUGCAGCGGCUGCAGCGGCGGCGGCAGGAGUGGGGGGAGGGGGAGGUAAGGGGCGUGCAGGGAACGGGGCGGGUGGUGGGAGGGGCGUGAGCAGUGCAGGCACGUGCGGGGUGGGGGGUAGCAGGGGAGCGGCGGUGCGGCUGGGCAUGGAGGAGAGUGCGUGGUGGCAGCACGUGCACGAGGCGCUGCUGUGCUACUCCAACGCACUGCACCGCGGCACGCUCUUCCUCUCCCAGGCCCUGCCGCGCCUCCUCACCCUCUGGUUCGACUUCGGGGGGCGCUUCCAGGAGAGCACUAUGCGCGGCAAUGCGGCGCUCAAGGCGGAGAGUGCACGCGUGCACAAGCUCAUGGCGGACUGCAUUGCAUCGCUGCCCUCGGCGCACUGGCUGGCCGCGCUGCCGCAGCUCACCUCGCGCAUCUGCCACCCCAACGCCACGGUGUGUGCGCUGCUCAAGGCACUGCUGGUGCGGCUGCUGACAGCGCACCCGCACCCCACGCUCUGGACGCUCAUCGCUGUGUGCAAGUCCGCUGUGCCCGCGCGCCGAGAUGCCGCCAACGAGGUCGUGUCGGGGGCUAAGGCAGCGGCGAGGGAGGAGGGUGGUGCUGCUGGCACAAGCCUCCUUGCUCUCAUCUCAGAAUUCACGUCAUUCGCGGACGCCAUGAUACGGCUGUGUUUCCACGGCAGCACGGGGUCAUCAGCGGCGCGCAUGAGGGCGCUGAGCAUCUCCUCCGACUUCAGUGCGCUCAAGCGCUCCAUGCCCCUGGCCGUCGCGCUGCCCACGCAAGCCGUCCUUGCUGCACCCUAUGCCGCUGCCACCAGCAGUGCUGGCAGCAGUGGCGGUGGGGAGGGCGAGUGCGUGAGCAUCUGUGGGAUAGCGGAUGAGGUGGAGGUGCUGCAGUCGCUGCAGCGCCCCAAGAAGGUGGUGCUGCUGGGCAGUGACGGGAGGCGGUACCCGUUCCUGUGCAAGCCCAAGGACGAUCUGCGCAAGGACGCGCGCAUGAUGGACGUGGCCGCGCUGCUCAACCGCCUGCUGCUCCGCGCCCCCGAGGGCCGCCGCCGUGCGCUGCGCCUGCGCACGUUCGCCGUGCUGCCGCUCACGGAGGACUGCGGCAUGGUGGAGUGGGUGCCGCACACCCGCGGCUUCCGCCACGUCAUGCAGGACCUGUACGCGGCGCACGGGCUGUUUGACCGGCAGAAGUCGCUGGGGCAGGUGAAGCGGCUGUACGACCAGCGCGCGUCCACGGGGCAGAGCGAGCCCGACCUGCUGCGCUGCCACGUGCUCCCCCUCUUCCCCCCGCUCUUCCACCGCUGGUUCCCCCGCGCCUUCCCCGACCCCUCCGCGUGGCUGGCGGCGCGCGCGGCGUUCACGCGCAGCUGUGCGGUGUGGUCCAUGGUGGGGCACGUGGUGGGGCUGGGCGACCGCCACGGGGAGAACCUGCUCGUCGACGCGGCGAGUGGCGAGUGCGUGCACGUGGACUUCAGUUGUCUCUUCGACAAGGGGCUGUCGCUGCAGCAGCCUGAGCUCGUGCCCUUCCGCCUCACCCAGAACAUGGUGGACGGGUUUGGCAUCAGUGGGUGCGAGGGCAUGUUCCGGCGCACGGCGGAGAUCACGCUGGCGCUGCUGCGCUGCCACCGCUCCGCGCUCAUGUCCGUGCUGCAGACCUUCCUGCACGACCCCCUCGUCGAGUGGACCAAGCCCCACCGCUCCUCCUCCUCCUCCUCCGCUGCUGCUGCCGCUGCGGCUGCCGCCGCGGCUGCUGCUGCUGCUGGGGGAGGGGGCGUGGCUAUGGGCACAGGGGAGAUUCAGAACCCCUAUGCACAGAAAGCACUGUCGAACAUCGACUCGCGGCUGCAGGGCGUGGUGGUGGGUGUGGCAGCAGCGCCAUCACUGCCACUGUCAGUGGAGGGGCAGGCGGACUGCCUCAUUCAGCAGGCCACCUCCAUUGAGAACCUCGCGCGCAUUCCCUGUUCCGAAAGUCCUCUGCUUUGGGUGCAGUCUGCAGUAGCCGCGUUUCUGUUUCCCCACUCGCUGUUCACAAGCGCGCAGUCAGAAGCCCCACAUUACCGCCUUCCGCUAGUGCCGCAUUCGCUUGAGCGCAGAAGGGGUUGCGCGCAAGGCCAUGCGGGCGAACGAGAGCACGUGCGUGGUUGGCAGAAAGGUGGUGCUGGUGCCGUACCGCGCAUGCCACGUGGCCAAACCCACGUAUCGCACUUCUCUUCCACGCUCCUCUCAUCCCCUCUCGUCCCCUCUCCCCCCCCCCUCUCCCCUCUGUCCCCCGUCUCCUUCUCCCCCUCAUGGGCCUCGCAUGCCCCUUGCGUCUCCAAUUUCCUCCUCCCGCCAACAAACGCUUCUCUCUCUCUCCCUCCGCUCGUUCCUCGCCCAUCGCCCCCUCGCCCGCCUUCACCCUUCUCAACCCCCCAACUCCCCCGCUGCCCUACACAUACAACGCCCGCGCUGGUGCGGCAGGACCCAUGGCUGCAGGAGGCAACAGGGUCGGAGCCACUGAGCCUGGAGGAGGAGUACAGCAUGCAGCAGCGCUGGCACGAUGACAGCGACAAGUGCACGUUCAUAGUGCUAGACCGUGCGCGCAUACCUGGCCUUGCCAACACUCCCGGGGGGUGUGCUGGAGCUACCACGAGCCAACCGUCAUGUGCACCACCUGAGACAGAAGCAGCAGUGCCAGAAGCAGCAGCAACGCAGCAAGGAGCAACAGCAGAGGGCGAGGCAGCAGGCUGCAUUCACCACUCGCCCUCGCACAUUGACGGUGUGCCACAGCCUCCCCACAUCUCAUCAGGCCUGCUUCUUCCAUCCCCUCCUCCCGCGCACCAUUGCACACACAUCCUUGCCUUGUAUCUCUCUGCGCACUUCACAUCACAUCGCACCAUUCUACCAGAGUUCUCCUUCGCCCGCAACCCCUCCUCCUCUUUCUUUGAGCCCCCUCUCCUCCACUCCUCCUGUAACUGA